AUGUGCAGACAUUGCUCUCAAAGCGAUGCGAUAAUAAGACCGGAUAUUUGGCUUCCCGGUGCGCCUCCUAUGUAUACAGUGCCAUGCGCGGCAGUAGCUAGUCUUGGCCUUACGAACUUCCGGGGAUUUGGGAGAUUUAGGUCAGGGUGGACUAGGAUAUAUCCCGUGUGGACUAGACUCUUGCUUUUCACUCGUCAGUCAUCCCGAAUACAUGCUGCUUCUUCUUGUGUGGCUGACACGAACAUCAUCAUCAUCAUCAUCAUCAUCAAUAUCAUGUUAGCUCUGCCAGCCGUCGUUGAACGUGCCAAGAUCCCCGCAGCAAUACCGUUCGAUCCGGUUGAUUAUGCCCAAAGGAGGGUCCAUGAGUACUCCCUGAAAGUUGAUAUGUUCUUGCCUGGGAAGCUGUAUUUUUAUUGCACAGAUGUAUUUGUGAAGGGUCAAAUGGUCACUGGGGAAAUCACUUGUAGUUAA